UGAAUCUUAUAAAACAAUGAACUGAUCCAGGCCCCGUUCUGCUGCAUGUUCCUGGAGCCCGUGAAGAAGUUUGCGAUAAUGGUGGAGAACCGUCCUCCCUGGCAGAAAUCUAUUCUUUAUGUCACGAGCGAGUAAUGCAGAGAUGGCUGCUGCUGCCCGCGGAAACACAGAGCCGGACGAAAAAAAUAUAAUGGAUGACAGUGAUUGGCAGUCAAACCCUUAAAUAAACCAAACCAAACUCAUCGACGCCAUCUUGACGGAAAAAAAACUCAGCUGAUUUGACUUAUUCUGAUAACUGAACCUUAAGUAGCUCUCAUGGUUCGUACUAUUUGAAAACACAUUUUUAAAAUACUCGAUGAUGUAUUUGUUUAAAUACACAGCUGUUUGACAAUAUUUGUAAAUACUCCUCCUCUUUCCCUCUCCAGACCCCUCUCAACCCAAUUCUUCCAAUUCAUACCAGAAAACAAUAUCACCCAGAUCUCUUCCCCUCUCCAGACCCCUCUCAACCCAAUCCUUCCCAUUCAUACCAGAAAACAAUAUCACCCAGAUCUCCUCCUCUUUCCCUCUCCAGACCCCUCUCAACCCAAUUCUUCCCAUUCAUACCAGAAAACAAUAUCACCCAGAUCUCUUUAAAUGUAAUAUUGUGAAAAGUAGGUUCCUUAAAACAGUAAAUUUUGUAAUUUCAAAAUUAUCGGUAAAUCAAUCAAAAUGGACUUUUCAUUAAAAAAAAAUAUUUAUUUAAAAACUUGAAAUUUUCUUGCAGAACGUUUAGCAACGUUGUCCUAAUUUAAUU